CCGGGGGAGGCGAAGAUGCCACAUGAGCUGAAAAAAGUGUUUGCCAGUCUCCCGCAGGUUGAGGGCGUCUCCAAGAUCCUGGGAGGAGAUCCAAAGGGCAAUAACUUUCUGUAUACGAAUGGGAAAUGUGUCAUCAUCCGCAACAUUGAUAAUCCAGCGAUUGCUGACAUCUACACUGAACAUGCUCAUCAAGUUGUUGUUGCGAAGUAUGCUCCCAGCGGCUUCUACAUUGCAUCUGGAGAUAUUUCCGGGAAGCUUAGGAUUUGGGAUACCACGCAGAAGGAACAUCUAUUGAAAUAUGAAUACCAGCCAUUUGCAGGAAAAUUGAAAGACAUUGCAUGGACAGAAGACAGCAAGAGGCUUGCUGCUGUCGGGGAAGGAAGGGAAAAAUUUGGGGCUGUGUUUCUGUGGGAUACCGGCUCUUCAGUAGGUGAGAUCACCGGCCACAACAAAGUGAUCAAUAGUGUGGAUAUUAAACAGACCAGACCAUACCGCCUCGUGACUGGCAGUGAUGACAAUUGCGCUGCUUUCUUUGAAGGACCACCGUUCAAAUUCAAGUUUACAAUAAGUGAUCACAGCCGGUUUGUGAACUGCGUGAGAUUUUCUCCAGAUGGAAAUAGAUUUGCUACAGCCAGUGCAGAUGGCCAGAUAUGUAUUUACGAUGGCAAAACUGGAGAGAAAGUUGGCACACUAGGAGGAAAUAAGGCACACGAUGGAGGCAUUUAUGCAAUUAGUUGGAGUCCAGACGGCAAUCGCCUACUUUCUGCUUCUGGAGACAAAACAGCUAAGAUCUGGGAUGUCGGUGCUAAUAGUGUUGUGAAUACUUUUAACAUGGGAUCAAACGUUUUGGAUCAGCAGCUGGGUUGUCUGUGGCAAAGCCACUUGUUGACUGUCUCCCUUUCUGGCUACAUCAACUAUCUGGAUGAGAACAAUCCGGAUAAGCCCCUCCGUGUCAUCAAGGGUCACAGUAAAUCAAUACAAUGUCUUACGGUGCAUAAAAAUGGGGGGAAAUCCUAUAUCUACUCUGGAAGCCAUGAUGGGCAUAUUAAUUAUUGGGAUUCUGAGACGGGGGAAAAUGACACCUUUUCUGGGAAAGGACACACAAACCAGGUUUCACGAAUGGUUGUGGAUGAGUCGGACCAGCUGGUCAGCUGCAGCAUGGAUGAUACCGUGCGGUACACCAGUCUGAGCAAAAAAGACACCAGUGGCCAGGAUGUUAUAAAAAUGGACGUUCAGCCUAAAUGCAUUGCAGUUGGACCUGGUGGGUACGCAGUGGUCAUAUGCAUUGGAGAGAUCGUUCUGAUGAAGGACAAGAAGAAGUGCUUUGCGAUCGAUAACCCUGGCUUUGAACCAGAAGUGGUAGCAGUUCACCCUGGAGGCGGUAUGGCAGCCGUCGGAGGAACAGAUGGAAACGUGUACCUGUAUGCAAUCCAGGGCACUUCUUUAAAAAAAGAGGAAAAGACUCUGGAAGCAAAAGGUCCUGUGACUGACUUGGCCUACUCUCAUGAUGGCGCCUUCCUGGCCGUGACGGAUGCAAGCAAGGCAGUCACUGUGUUUAGCGUUGCCGAUGGCUAUGCGGAGCACAAUAUUUUCUACGGACACCAUGCGAAGAUUGUUUGUAUUGCCUGGUCACCAGAUAAUGAGCACUUUGCUUCCGGAGGAAUGGAUAUGAUGGUUUAUGUUUGGACAGUGAGUGACCCAGAGACCAGAGUUAAAAUACAAGAUGCCCACAGGUUACAUCAUGUAAGCAGCUUGGCGUGGCUGGACGAACAUACCUUGGUAACAACAUCUCACGAUGCAUCUGUCAAAGAGUGGUCCAUUUCCUACAAAUAAAAUGCCUUCAGUCAGGAGAAGCUCAUCAGGGACUAGAACUACUGGAGUGGAAUAUAGCAUUUCUCUUCCUUAAAAAUAUACAAAUCUGUCACGACCUCCGGGGUCCUAUAGCAUAUUCUCUUAUCUUUGCAGAGGAUGUUUGUAUCUGUAAUUAAAUGACCUUUGAAAAGCUUUAGUCGGUAAUGCUUUGCACUUGAGAAGCACUUAAAUUAUGUCUGGAGCUUGCAAAAAUCUUUUGUGUGCUGAACAUUCCAGGGUCUGCAACCUAGCAGGUCAGCAUAAAAGAGUUGAAAUUGAUUUGGUUCCUUUAAUUUUUAAUAUCUGUCUCACACACACAUACUUGCACAUGGUAUUGUACAGCAUGAGAGUAUUCUCAUUUUUUUCUAACUGCAGAACAUUUCUGUACUAACAGUCAUAGUAAAGAAUGCUAGUUGUGUUCCAAAAAUGAUAAUUGUGGUGUGCGGCUACUGUAUAUUGGCUUGUGUGUAAUGCACCAAAUUGUUGCCUCAGAUUUCCUUCACCAGAUAACAAAGUGGGGUACGUCCAUAAUAAACCUUUUCUGUAUUUCCUGUCCAGAUUUGUAGUUAUUUUUAAGAUGAAAAUGUGGGGUUUUGAUGUAUUUUGCCAUUCUCUUAGUAAUUAAAGUUUACAGAUAAACGUCAAAGGCAUUUUUUUUCAGAUAUACCUUUGUUACCUUUUUUGAACAAAUGAGAAUACUUGAUCAUGGUUUGUUGUUUGGAAAUGAAUGCUUCUAGGUCUGCUUUAAAUAUACCUUCUUUCCUAAGGAGAAAAAUGUCUAUGUAAGAACAUUUGCAGUAAUUAUGAAAAAGCCUUUUUCAGUGCAGGAAUUAAAGUAAAGUCAAGCAAUUACUGUGAGUUGAACUGAUCAUUGCAACAAACCGCAAUCUCUAACACUGUAGAAACAGAAAUAUUUCUUCUCAAGAGACCUUUCUCCCAAUAAAGAAUUUCUGUAUGUUUUAUCUCCUGCUUAA